CAUCCUUGGCAGUCGUAAUUAAGAGAUGCACUUAUUCUGACGCAUGAAAAUAAUAAAAUAUAAUACGAGAGAUAAAUAUAAACUGUAUAAUAUAAAUUGAGCAACGUACUAUCAAUUAGUACCUAGUCGUAGAGAUGAAGUGGUGGACGUGUGUGGUGUUCAUGUGCGCGGCCGUGCUGGCUGACGACGAGUGGCGCGAGGUGAGGACUGCGCAAGGGCCGGUGCGCGGGCGCAAGCACCCCUCUGAAGAUAUAUACACCUUCUACAACAUACCCUACGCCACCGCGCCUACGGGCCAGGACAAGUUCAAAGCACCCCUUCCAGCACCUGUGUGGCUAGAACCAUUUGACGCUGUUGACGAGAAAGUUAUAUGUCCGCAGGCUGAGUUUCCUGUGGAAUUCAUGCCUAAAUCUUUAGUUACAAAAGAAAAUUGUCUCAUUGCUAAUGUAUUUGUACCAAAUACGAAGGAAAAAAACCUUUCGGUGGUAGUCUAUGUCCAUGGUGGGGCUUUUAUAAUUGGCUAUGGCGAAAGUAUUAAGGCGACGCAGUUGAUGAAGACAAAGGAUUUUAUUCUGGUUACAUUCAACUAUCGUCUCGGCAUCCAUGGAUUCCUAUGUCUCGGCACUGAGGACGCGCCAGGCAAUGCUGGCAUGAAGGACCAGGUGGCGCUGCUGCGCUGGGUGCAGAAGAACAUCGCCAGCUUCGGCGGUAACCCUGAUGAUGUUACUAUUGUAGGUAGCAGUGCUGGGUCUGCUUCAGUAGAUCUGUUAAUGCUCUCCAAAUCAGCCGAAGGGUUAUUUCACCGAGUUAUACCUGAAAGUGGUGGAAACUUGGCCGCAUUUACUGUUCAGCGAGAUCCUGUGGAAAUUGCUAAGGCCCAUGCCAAAAAGUUAAACUUCGAUAACGUAGAUGAUAUUUAUGCUUUAGAAAAGUUCUACAAGACAGCUCCGAUGGAACUGUUAACCUCAGAUCAUUUCUUCGAUAGAACUGAUGCUACAUUCGUAUUUGGUCCAUGUGUGGAACGCGAUACAGGAGAUGGAGCAUUUCUGACAGAAUCUCCUCUAACUAUAUUUAAGAGUGGUAACUACAGGAAAUUACCUGUGUUGUAUGGAUUCGCUGAAAUGGAAGGAUUGGUUCGCGUUAUGAUAUAUGACGAUUGGAAGCACAAGAUGAACGAAAAGUUUUCUGAUUUUUUGCCAGCCGACCUGAAGUUUGAUUCUGAUGAACAAAGAGAAGAAGUGGCUAACACGAUACAGAAGUUUUAUUUUGGGGACAAGCCAGUCGGCGAUGACAAUAUUUUGAGAUACAUCGAUUUUUUUACUGAUACAAUAUUUGCUUAUCCCAUGCUUUGGGCUGUGAAACUACAUGCAGAGGCGGGUAAUAAUCAAGUAUAUUUGUAUGAAUAUUCCUUUGUAGACGAGGAUGUGCCCUUGGUACCUCAUACUAAUAUACGAGGAGCUAAUCAUUGCGCUCAGUCUAUGGCUGUGUAUGAUAUGCAGAAUUUCACACAUCAUGGUGAGUCCCAGGUAUCCCCGGAGUUUAAGAAAAUGAAAAAAGUUGUUCGUGAGAUUUGGCAUAAUUUCAUUAAAACUGGUACCCCUGUCCCCUCUGGCUCUGCGCUGCCGGCGUGGCCGGCGGCGGGCGCGGACCGCGCGCCGCACAUGUCGCUGGGCGAGCGGCUGGAGCUGCGCGGCGCGCUGCUGGCGGAGCGCACGCGCUUCUGGGAUGACAUCUACCAGAGAUACUACCGGGACGCGGUGCCGCCGCCGAAACCCCCGCCCAGACCACGCAGCGAGUUGUAACAUUUCUGAAACAACAAUUCUGAUAUUAUGAAUAUGCUAUGCAUCUAUCGGGUUGUAGUAUGACUUAAUUCUCGAUGUGCUUUUGUCAAGCACUUGGAAUGCCUACCUGUGGAAUAAACAAAAAAUUAACUAAAACGAAAUAUAAUUUACAAAAGUUA